AUGAACUCAACCAGCCUGUUCACAAACCCCUACGCAAUUGAAGUCCUAAGGACCAAAAAAGAAGAGCUGGUAGAAGGCAUAAACGACCCAGACCAUCUCCUGAACUGCCUGAUAGACCAUGGUAUUUUUACCCCAGAAAAAAAGAUGGUCUUGAGUUUCUACAGGACACAAACAGAAAAGAACUCCCGAGUUUUAGACAUACUGAUAUCUCAAGGUGAACGAGCCUGCAGGCUCUUCUUUUAUCCAUGCCUGAAACAAGUGGAGCCAAAACUUUAUGGCAAGAUGCGAAAAUAUGUCAGUGAAGUAAAUGAAAGCAUUCGAGAUGCCAGAAGACAGCUGGUAGGAUAUUUACUCGAAAAAGACAAGGUUUGGUUUGAAAAUAGCAGUGAAGGGCACCAGGAAAAAAAAGGCAGGCCUAGAAGGAAAAAGCAAGAAGGGGCUAUUAAGAGGAAAGGAAAACAAACUCGACUUUCAAGGGCAGCAAAGCCUAGCAAAGAUCAUGCUGGUGUUGGCAUCUUUGAUGCAGUUGCUAAAGGCCAUCUUUCUGAGUUAUUGAAGACAUUGGAAGAUGUUGAUAUCAACACACUCAGCUCUUCAGGAGAAACACUUCUGCAUGUUGCAGCUGCUAAUGGACAUCUAAAGAUACUGGAAUAUCUGAUCAGCAAAGGUGCAAAAUUAGACAUGAAGGACAAGAAAGGAAGAACUGCACUGCACAGGGCUGCUGAGAAAGGCCAUGGAGAUGCAGUGAAAGUGCUUCUCCAGUGUGAUGCUUACAUAUACAGUUUGGAUACAAAAGGCAAGACACCACUUCAUUUGGCUGCCCAGAAUGACCACAGCCACAUCCUGAAGAUGCUGCUGGAAGAAGAGGCAAGAAGCUACAGAAACCAGUGCAACUUUUUGCACCUGGCAGCUCGUAAAGAUGAAAACAGACUAGCAAAAAUGAUUUUAAGGGCUGGUGCCUGUGUUGAUGGAAGAGAUGAAAGUGGACAGACUGCUCUUGAUUAUGCUGUUUCUCAGGGGUCUGAAAAUACUGCAAAAGUCCUACUAGAAGCUGGAGCCAGUGUUGAUUCCAGCAUGGCUGAAAGAGCCUUCAACAGCAACCACCUGUCCACCUUCAAAAUACUACUAGAAUAUUCUAAAGAUUUGUCUCCUGACAUAAUGGAGUCAGCUCUUUUUAGAGCUGUACAGAAAAAUCUGCAUGGUAUUGUGGCAGCUUUAAUUGACAGAGGUACAAACAUAAAUGCCUACAAUGAUGUGCAGUACACUCCUUUACUGCUGGCAUGUGAAAUGGGCCAAGCUGAAUCAGCAGAAGUCCUCAUUGAAAAGGGAGCAGACUUUGGAAUAACCACUCCUGCUUCAGACACAGCUUUGCACCUGGCAGUUCAAGCUGGGGCAGCUUCCAUUGCCAGUCUGCUUCUGUGCAAAGGGAUGGAAAUUAAUGUUGUGAACCAAGCUGAGGAAACUCCACUCCAUGUUGCUGCUCUUCAUAACAAAGGAGCAUUAGUUGGCCUUCUAGUUAAUGCUGGGGCCAAAAUUAAUGCUGUCACUAAGGGGUUUGUUACUCCCCUGCAUAUUGCAAGUCAAAGGGGUAACACUGAUGUUGCCCAGCAGCUGUUGCAUCACAAAGCCAACGUUAAUGCUAAGGACAAGCAAUCAAAAUCACCUUUACAUCUUGCUGCUGAAAGGGGAGACAAAACAAUGGUGGAAAUACUUUUGAAUGCUAACGCUGACCCCGGUGCACAAGACAAGGAGAAAAAGACUCCCCUGCACAUUGCAGCUGCAAGGGGAUAUCUCAGUGUUGUGAAAGUUCUGUUAGCUAAAAAAGGAAGAUGUGGAGCUAAGGACAUGGAUGGGUGCACUCCAAUGCACUAUGCAGCGACCCCAGGAAACACAGAGAUCAUCCAAACUCUUCUGACAUCAGGGAAACACACAAACAUUGAUGACAGAAAUACCUGGAGAAAGACUGCACUGCAUAUUGCAGCAGAAAAUGGACACAGUGACUUGAUAAAUCUGUUACUGAGCCAGGGGGCAGCCAUUAAUGCCUUGGACAGCAGCAAGGACACUCCACUGCACUGUGCAUGCAAGGCUGGCCACUUCAACGCCGUGAAUUCCCUCAUAAACUGGACACAAGGAGAAAAAGCAAAUUUACUAGCUGCUAAUAGCCUCAAAAAGACCCCAUUACAAGUAGCAGAAUUUAAUAAAACAGAAAACCAGGCUCAAAUUGUAGCACUUUUGAAAAAGAAAAUGUUACUAACAAAAUGA